AUGUUUUGUCAACAGAUCGAACGUCUUGCCCAGUAUGAGCGAUUGGUCGGAGGCGGAUGCGCACGGCGGCGAGCCUCACGCCUCUCAGACCUCGAGCGCGUUCAGGACCUCUUCCCUCACGACUACUUGGCCCUACACGAUGCUGAUGCCCUUGCCUCGCAUCACACUCAGAAAUCGAAGAGUCUACGCAAACGGCCGAGCCUUGACAUCAACGGUACAGUCUCUGCGAAUAGCUCACUUCUACCACGCACAUUUAUCAUGGAAGCACCUGCCCAAUUGACCCUCAUGGGUUCAACCUCCCCACCGUUAGAUAGGCAUUUGUUUCUCUUCAAUGAUUUGCUCCUAGUGGGAAAGUCUAGAGGGACGAACUGCUUCAAGUUGAAAGAGAGCGUGAGGCUGGCGGAGUUGUGGAUUUCAUUGCCAGAGAGUGAUGACACUGGAUUUCUUAUUGGAUGGCCGACCCUGAGCGGAGUUAUUAACUACCUCGCGACAUAUCCCACUCAAGCUGCAAGGGAUACGUGGUACAGGAAAAUCCAAAAUGCCUUAAACGCCAAGCUGACGAAUGAACCAAAGUCGACGAACAUUCAAAUAUUCUACAAAGAUGUAACGAGCUCAAUCGAAUUCUGUAAGACGGUCUCAGUAAAUCCAGACAUGAGCGCUCGAUGUGUGGUCCGCCAGGCGCUUAAUGUGCUGCAAGCAGGCGCUGAAGGUGACCAUGAUGAAGGAGAAGAUGAUCGCUGGGGAGCAGCCAAUGACUUUAACCUUUGGGUACGGACUGGUCGAGAUGCGCCACCAACGCCUCUUCAAGGAAAUGAAAGACCGCAUGCGAUACAAAUGUCCCGAAUACGACAAACAUUGUCGAAUGAAGACGGCUUCGAUCUGGAGCACGUUAAUGCCAAGAAUAAUCCCUGCGGCCUCGUCUUCGAAUUGAGGAAAAAGAAUCAAGCUUUGAAAAGUACUUCCGGUACCGGCCGUGGCUUACGUCUGUUACGUCGUGGUGGGCGGUUGUUUGGGGUCUCACUCACGCGCUUGUGCAAUGGGUCAUCACCACCAGCUCUCUUGCACGCCCUAAAACGACUCCGGGCACUCGCCCCUCAUACGCACGGCGUAUUCCGACGCAGUGCGAAUGCUAAAGCACUAAGAUUGCUUAGAGAUAAGCUUGAUACGCUGGGCCCAUGGGCGCAAGGCUGCCCUGAGUUGGACCGAGCUCCCGUUCUGCUCUUAGCGGCGCUGGUAAAGGAAUUCUUCAGGGCUUUGCCCCAACCCCUUCUUCUUGCCGAACUUUAUCCCGCCUGGCUACAAGUAUUAAAUUUACCUCAAACCGAAAAAGUGUCAGCCGUUCGCUCGCUACUCCUGAAGUUGCCGAAGCCGCACUACACUAUGCUCACGUACUUCGUGUGUCUGUUACAAGCCAUCGCCAAGAAAUCCAACAUCAACCUCAUGUGUCCCAUGAAUUUGGGCGUCUGCGUCGGCCCCAGCCUCCUUUGGCCCUCCGUCCCCUGCGAUAAAGCUCCAAAAGCUGUGCCAAUGGUCGUAGAGUUACUUAUCGUCAAAGCUGAAGCACUGUUUGGACCACAAAUAGCGGGAUUACUUGGGAAUGGGUCCCCAGAAUCCUCGAACGCGCUACUCGACUCCGGCGCUGAAGAAAGCGACAGUCUCCAUUCAGUGGGCAUCUCGUUGGACUCCAUGGAAUUAUCGACUCCGCGAAAAGAGAAGCUCUCCCUAAGCAGAGAUUCAGGCUUGACUCUGUCCGAAGAUGACUCCAAUAGCAACGGAGGCAACAGCCCCGCACCACGAAACAUUCUUCACAGUCUCUCGGCGCCCACCUGUAAUACGCAACAAGACAAACUAGGUAACCGUUACACAGAUAAUCACAACGUAAACGGUCUCCCGCCAAUUAAUCAGCGACAGCAAAGUAUUUAUACUAAUAAGGCAGAAAUAUACAGUACGGUUAAUGAAGAACUCUACACGAUGCCAUAUAUGGGUGACAGAUAUGUACAUAAUUCGAUAAACAUCGGUAUCUCUAACGGUAUCGAUGAUAGAAAUUACGUCUCCAAGUCUGCUGUCCAACGGUCGACGGCCGAUAUUUAUGGCCAGGGUCCGGCUAAAUAUAUCACGGGCUUAGAACCUCAGAAGCCACCGCGAAGUAACGUGUCGAAGGCAGCUCGCACGUCAAAAGUCUACAGCAUGUACUCCGAACCACAAGGAGACAAAAGUAAUGCUAACAAGAGUUUCAAUCGCGCUAAAAGCUCAGACAACCUGUUGGAAACGAAACAAGAUGCGAUCAAUACAAAUCGCGAUCUGGUUUCCAGUCAAGAGAACAUUGUUUAUAGUAAUAUACACGACCUCGCCAUGUUCACAGAAAAUAUCCAACGUCAGAACCAGUACCAAACGCACUCGGAAUUACUUUCCAAUAUGAAUACAAAUUACUCCCGCGUUUACACCGGUUGGGAAAAGAGGAGUCCUAACUAUCAAAGUAAUGCGAACGAAAAAAUAUAUGGGCAAGUGACUAAUAAAGGAGAAACCUCACAAAAUAUAGAAGGAAAAUCGUCACCGGCAGCCACCAUUUUUACUAGAAAUGACUGGUCUCGUCAAGCAGCAAGGACGAAGAGCUUGGAGGUUAACGACGAAGGACAAAAUGUCUCCACACGCAAUGGCAACUACGAUAUUAACAUCGUCAACUGUUGCCGCAAGAGACGCUUUGAUCCGGCCCAUAUGUGUACGAAGAAUUGCAUUACUCUGUCCAUGGUUAACGGAAGAGAAAAGGAGAAACCGGCAAUGAAUCCUUUGCAGAACUCGUAUUCAUACAUUGAUGAUAUGCGAAACAAUUCGGAAGAAAGCAAGAAGUCCAGAAUGAGAACGUAUAAUAACAACAAAUUGAAUCAGUCGAAAUCGCUCGCAAAUAUAAUAUUACAAAGCGACUCGAGCAGCAAUGACACUCUAUACCAGCCCCAAGGUUCAUUCAACAGCCGAUCAACCGAAUCGCCGGCGAGUGAGAACUCCUUUGAAAAUUGCUACACUACUCAAUACAUUGAGCCCCUGUACACAUCUGUAUACAACCGGAGGAGAGACAUAUUCCACGAAGAUAAAAAUAUGUUUUCAUCCGAUAUCUACAAAGCUACGCCUACAUCUGUCCAACCAGAUUACUCAACGGAAAAUGAACCGAACAAUAAUAAGAAACCACCGCUCAUGCCACCUCCAGUUCCGCCGAGAAAAAUGGUUUAUCAGAGGGUCUUGAAGAAAUUUCAACCGGUUCACGUCAAGGACGAUAAAACAUCACGAUCGAAGUCGGUGCCACCUGUUUACAGGGACCCGCCAAAUGGAACCGAGAAAAACGAAAAUGAAAUCGCCUUAGAUGCGUCGGGAUCAGACACCGAAUCGGAAUCAUAUGUGUAG